GAGGAGGCAGAGUCACAGUGACAACCACACCGAGCGGACCCACAUCGGGCUGCACGACGGGGCAAAGUCUUCGUCGUCAUGUCGCAGCGGCGGAGCCUCACCCGCCCACGCGGAGGACGCUGCACGCGGGACAGUCACCGGAGGAACGACGGCCGGAGAUGCUGCUAGUAGAAGCCGCGAGCAUCCACCGUGGACCCGGACGCAUCAUCAUCAUCAUCAAAAUGGACGCCCAUGAUAACAUGAGGAGGACGCUCAGGCCUUCAGCAUGAGCACUUUGGAGGCUUUUAUUGCACUCGGUUUUGAGCUUUGAUGCCUUCCUGCCCUCGUGCGGUGACAUUCUGACUUUGCGUGCGUGUGUGCGCGUGGAUGCAGCGUGGCCCAGUGUGUGUGCGUGUGUGUGGAGGUGGUGGAGGAGGGUGUGGGCGUGCUGCUGAGACCCACCACACGCACAGUUUGAAGCCAUGGCCAGUGAACCUGUCAUCCUCAACGUGUAUGAUAUGUACUGGAUAAAUGAGUACACUUCCAAUUUGGGAAUUGGAGUCUUCCAUUCAGGCAUCGAGAUUUAUGGUCGAGAAUUUGCAUACGGAGGCCACCCGUACCCUUUCAGCGGCAUCUUCGAAAUCAACCCGGGCAAUGCCGCCGAGCUGGGAGAGACGUUUAAAUUCAAGGAGGCCAUCGUGUUGGGCACCACCGACUUCGCGGAGGAGGACAUGGACAAGAUCAUGGAAGAGCUCGGCAAGGAGUUCAAAGGCAACGCCUACCACCUCAUGCACAAGAACUGCAACCACUUCUCCUCCUCGCUCUCCGAGCUGCUGUGUGGCCGCGAGAUCCCGCGCUGGGUCAACCGUCUGGCUUACUUCAGCUCGUGCAUCCCCUUCCUGCAGAGCUGCCUGCCCAAAGAGUGGCUGACACCGGCCGCCUUGCAGACCCACAUAAGCCUGGGCCUCCACAAGGUGCCGCAGUCCAGCGACGACGACCGCGACCGCCCGUCGCCGGCCUCAUCGUCCGGGGCCGCCGGAUCCUCCUCUUCCUCCUCCUCGCACAGCUGCCGCCACACGAGGGUGUGAGGGACCGCCGCCGACUAACCUGUAGACCAGGAGAGGCAGAGGGCCAAGCCUUGUCGGAGCCACUUUUUGUACAGCUUAAGACUGCUGAAUGUGGUGUGACCAGCAUCACCCUAAUGUGGCUUUUCCGUCAUAUGCUACACUUUCUUUGUAUCGUGGUUUGGUUGUUGACAACUCCUAACACUCCUGACACUUUGCUGGAAAGCAUCCGCUCCCUGCCCAGAAUUCUUUGAAAAAGUCAGCUCCUAAAGCCUUAGCAGCAUUAAAUGUAUUAGGUGACACAAAGGCACAGGGAGACCAAAAUUUUGGUUUGAAGCGGCCAUUUUGGGUCACAUGGGGCCUUUGGCAUUAUUGAGAAAAUUCUGCCCUCAAAGCCAGUUUCACCAAGCAACAUAAGAUUUGGUAGAUAUGUCCAUCAUAUAUAGACUCACAAAAAAAAGUCUGAUGAAGCCAUAGCUGAAAAGACAUAGGAGGUCUGCCAUUUUGGCUCGACAGCAGCCCCCAAAGCCAGUUAAUCCCUUGCAGCAUGAAAUUUGGGCCACAUGUUGUCUAUCAUGACUACACCCACACAAAUGUCUCAAAAAGCCAUACGCAAAAAGACAAGAGGUCUGCCAUUUUGGUUCGAAAUGGUAAUUCUGGCUUUUCUGUCUCAAGAAUUUAUGUCCAAAAACACACAGAAAGCCUUUUGGUUUGAAAUGGCCAUUUUUGAGUCCUUUUUAUCAUAUCCAGAGACCCUCAAAAGAUUAACUUCUUGUCGAUAUUUUGUUAAAUUGUUACCAAAUUUGAACCAUGCACACAAGCCAGAUGGACAGCACUAAAUUGCAAAAAUGUCUAUGGGUGGUGGCAAAUUUUGAUGACAUACAAAAUGAACCCGUAUUUUUAUUUCUAUUAACAUUCACAGUUAGCUUAGCUUCGAUUUACAUUUUGACUUCAAAAGUCCGUGCUUCUUUAUAGAUGAUGUUAUAGUCCAUCGUAUGACACAUGCGCUUGUUUUCAUUUUGAUCAACUUUCAUUGGCAUAUACUUAGCUACACCAUUUGUCUUUAAUAGUCAGAGCUGCUUUAUAAUUGAUGGUAUACUCCUUGUAGUUAUUGUCCAUCCGACGGCACACAUGCAUUUAAUUUUAGUUUGAUCAUGUAGUUAGCUUAGCACACUCUUAGCUGGGCCUUUUACCAUGUCUUUUUAUGCUAAGCUAACUAGUUAAUGCUUGUUACUCUGUUUGCCAACGCUAUAAGACAAUAUUGUUGUGGUUGUAAACAUGUUUACAGGUUGCAAAGCAUUUAAAGGCAUAAAAAGGGAAUUAUGUUUUUUCAUUUUGGGAUAACAAUACACUAUUUUAUUUGGUAUCCCUCCUGCUAUGGUUUUGACGCGUUCGAGGACCGCUACUCUCUCUCAGGAAGGAACUCACUCGUCGUUGUGACUGGUUUGGACAUUUCACCGAGUGUAUUUAUUGUGUUGCAGCUAACAAACACACAUAGCAUACGCACUACACACACACAGGUUGUACAGUGGUUCAUACAGUACAAUACAGUAUAUAACUUUCUUACAGAGUACACUAGACAGGUAUUUUUUUCUAGCGUCAUCCGAGACCUUGUAUUUCUCUUAUCUCAACCCAAGACUUGACUUAUUAGUACUAGAAUAAAGAGACGAGUACUAAGUGAGUGUUUGUCUUCUAUUAAAUUUUAAAAUACAGGUUAUGUUGUUAUUGGUUUUUAAAAAAAAAAAAAAAAAAAAAAGAGGCUUCAGGCCUUUUAAUGACACUCCCAGUUGAAGUUCACUGUCAAACUAAACAUAAAAGAAAACCACGCGCUGUGUAUAUAAAACAACCACAUAACUUCAGCUUUGGUCGAACAUGUCCGUUUAGCUUAAUGCUAACGAACAGUGUAAAACGCUAUAGAUGUGUUAUUGAGUGUUGCGAUGUUUUAACCCUUUAAAGCUAUUGUGGCUAUUUGAACACAAACAGUUCAGGAACAAGUAGGCAGAAAAUAUAGCAAUACUUACAGGCAUUAUUUAUCCUCCUAUCCAACCACCCUACUGUAUAUUUAUAUGACAAACAUAAGUGCAGCUUACAGAGGACCGUCUCCAUGUAGUGUAUAUCUGUUUGUCUGUAUUUAUUGCCCCCAGGUGGCCAAGGCAUGCAGACCAGGAGGAGCAGCAAAAUGUCCAUCGAAUUGAAGCAAAAGACGUAGCAAAAACUGUUUAUUUAUUUACAUUCUGUUUAAUUAUGUCACCACUGUAUGUUUUUGCAAAGCGUUAAGAUAGGGUUCUAUUUUUUUCAUAAAAAACAAAACAACGGAUCAUCUAGGAGGGAAAAUGAUUGGAGAUAUGAAUGUUUGAAGUCACCAGCAUGGUCAUGGAACGAAUUAAACUAUCUCAAGGCACCACUGUAUAUGUUUUUUUUUUUUCAGGUUCCAGAGUAUCUGUAUCAUGGUUGCACUAGUUCAAACACAGCAAAAUAUGUGCAAUAAUAAAUCAAAAUCGCUCAUAAAAACAG